AUGUGCUGUAGGGUUUUCUUGGCCACCCUGGAGGGGCAUGCACGGGCUUGGUAUUCAAAUCUGGCUCAUCAUUCUAUCGUAAGUUUUGCGCAACUCCGAGGCAGCUUUCUGGCGCAUUUUGCACCUCUCCGGAGACAUCGAAGGUCCACCAUGGCCUUGGUAAGUAUGAAGCAGAACCAAGGAGAGCCCUUGAAGGACUUUGUCUCACGAUUUAAUAUGGAGGCCUUGAGCAUAGAGAACUUUGACCACAGCGUAGCUAUGGUGGCGUUCCAGAACACCCUGAGGUCUUGCCCUUUUGCCCAGUCAUUAUCCAAAACACCCCCUAGUGCGUUCACGGACAUAUUGGGCCGGGCCACGAAGUACAUAAAUGUCGAAGAGGUCAUGCAGGCUAAGAGGGCGGAGCAUGUGGAGAAGAAGGAUAAAAAAAAGCAUCCGGAGGAAAAGAAGAGUGACGACCGAAGGGAAAAACAUCGUCCUCGGUGGGAUUCGGGUGGUUUUACUCCUCUGAAUGCCUUGAGGGAAGAGAUCCUUUCUACUAUUAAGGGUAAAGACUACUUGAAAAAGCCUCGACCGAUGAAGGCGCCAUCCGACGAAAGGAACCGAAGCAAAUACUGUCGUUUUCAUCAGGAUCAUGGUCAUGAUACGGAGGAAUGUCACCAAUUAAAGGAGGAGAUCCAAGAGCUCAUCAAUCGAGGUUUCCUGAAGAGCUAUGUGGCCAAAGCAGGCGAUUCUCGCAGAAGGAAGGACCAACGAUCGCUAUCGAGGAACCCCCCCAAGAGGGACCGCAUGAAGGAUCGAAAUCGAGCUCAGCGGGAGAGAUCGCAUCGAGGGAAAGACGAUCAUCCUCAGCCUUCGGUAUUCCAUACACUCGCAGCAGGGGAGGUCCCAGUCAUGAAGGAUGAAGGAGGUGGUGCCGUCCGGCUGAAAAGAUCGAGGAGUGUGGAUCCAAUCUCUUUUUCAGAUAGCGACCUCCUGAGAUACCCGAAUCGAAAUGAUCCCCUGGUGAUAACAGCCGAGCUCGGGAAAUGGGAGCUUCAACGGAUCCUUAUGGAUCCAAGGAGCUCUUCGAAAAUCUUGUAUCGACAGGCCUUCUUAGGCAUGGGGUACGAAAUGACGCAGUUGAGGACAACGAAGGUCCCUUUGGUGGGAUUUGAUGGUGAAGCCGUGUAUUCAGAAGGGAUCAUUCAACUCCCAUUGACGGUAGGGAGAGGCUCUCGAACUUCUCGAGUUAUGCUAGACAUCCUGGUGGCAGAUGUGCCUUCGGCCUACAACAUGAUUCUAGGAAGAUCUGGUCUCAAUGCCCUUCAGGCCAUUCCAAGCACAUAUCAUUUGAUGGUGAAGUUUCCCACAAAUAGAGGGACGAGCGAAGUACGGGGAGAUUUGCGCUUAGCUCGCGAAUGUUAUAUGGCCUCUAUAGGCAUUGCAAAGGAUAGAGAAGCAAGGUUGCAAAGGGACGUCUCGGGCCCCCCGAAGGAGGUCAGUUUCCUAUUAGAAAGACCCGAAGAUCCCAAAACAGCAGAGCCAAUGGACAAAUUGGAAGAAGUACCUUUGGAAGAAGAUUGCCGAAACCGAUGCGUAAGAGUGAGUAUGGAGUUAAAAGACCCGCCGAGGAGUCGGAUAAUAACACUCCUUAGACAGUAUGCAGACAUCUUCGCAUGGACUGCUCGGGACAUGCCAGGAGUAGAUUCAGAGGUAAUGACACACAGACUAGGGAUCCGAUCGGGCUUUCAGCCUGUCAAGCAGAAGAAGCGAAGCUUCGCCCCAGAUAGAGCUCGGGCAAUCGAGGAGGAGGUUGCAAAGUUGACAGAGGCGCAGUACAUUUGGGAGGUGGAGAUGUACGCCACAUGA